AUGGGUCUACAAGUUGAGAUAGUCUUCACGAACGGGCUCGCCCUCGGGUCCAGCGUGGAGCCUCAUUUCCUGGGCGACGCAGGUAUCGACGGCUACAUUGCUCUGACGAACCAAAGUGACGUCGCUGUCGACUUCGAUAUCAUCCUGAUCUCUCUACACGGUGGGCGCUCAGAGUGGUACGCCGUGGCAUUCUACCACCAAGCUCAAAAAUUGCUGCACCUGAUCGACGUCAAGCGCCCCACCGACUUCAUCGGCGCUGCGGGCGUCGGGCCAGCAUCAAGCCCGCUGAAAUGCUUCUUCCACUUCGAAAUCCCACAAUAUCUGAACUGCGAACUCCUCGGUGAAAACGCCGGGUAUCUUCGAGACCUCCCUGCCUCCUUCUCCUGUGGCGAGGGCUCGAUAAGGCGCGCUGUGCUGCAGGACAGAUGCGAGGGCGACUGCCACAUCUCGUACAAGGUCCUCGUGCGCGCCCUGCACGGCCACGAAGUCAUCGCCAGCUGCACGCAGCACGUCAAACUCGUUCCCAGCUCCGAGUCCCGCCCGCCAGUUUGCGUCGCCGACUUCCCCAAUGAAUAUGCGCUUGCCAAGUCGAAGUGCCUCCGGACGGGCUUCCUGGGAAUGCACCGCUCGGGAGAGUGGCGCCUCGAAGCUGGCGAGCCGGUCUCGCUUAUCCUAAACCAAGUCACCGACCGGGUCUUCCUACCAGUCUCCUUGACUCUCACGCAGAUGGUUCGCUCGAGAAGGUCUUGUCAUGGAGAGGAGCCAAGAGAUGUGGCAAGUGGUGUUUGUACUGGCGCGCUAAUAUCCUCCACAUUCAUAUCGAGCGUGCCGCGACAGAGUGUUCCCACUCUGUCAGAAGUCUCGAAUUCUACAUCUCUAGGCCGAAAGAUCCAUGUCUGCGCCAGGACGAAGAUAUCCGUCCAGUUCUCGAGAUGGGGCGAAGCGGCUUUGACUUUCCACGGCGAGGAUUUCUCCUCCGAAGUCACAAGACGGUGGCGAUCAGACGCCUUGUUAACACUUGGAUUCCCCAACGAUGGGUAUUUGGUUCCCACGUUCGAGUCUUCCUUGGUCUCGCGGCGGUACAAACUGAUGCUUGACGUCCACAUCGCGAAGCCACACCGAUCCAAUUUCCGGCUUACUCUACCAGUGCAGAUAUCCUACCAGAAAGACAGAGCUCAUACCGACCACCCUUGGAGCUGGUUUCAAGAAGUAGAAUCGCCUCCCAGCUUGCGAACCUACACGCACCUAAUGAAGAAACCCUUGUACGAUGAUAUGGGUGCUGGGGAUUUGACUAUCAGAAUAUAUCCAAUCACAUUCCGGGCCAGAGCUGGUGCUUCUCGCUAUCCAAACUCCUUUCUUCCUCGAAGGUAG